CGCGUAAUGCCUGGUGCGCCACUCUUGAAUACCCAAAUAUUCAAACGGAAGAGCGACUUCAGCGCGUGUUACAGCUUGUAAAAUGCUUGAAUGUUGGUUAGUAAGUAAAGAUAACAGGCAUGGUCGUAUCAGAUUGCCACAUCAAGAGCUGGUGGUGAUUGGGCGUGGGCCAGAGACACGGAUAGUGGAUAAAAAAUGCUCCCGACAGCAAGUCCAUCUGGAGGCAGAUUGUAACAAAGGAUAUGUGAAGAUCAAACAGAUAGGAACUAACCCAACAAGUGUUGAUUUCUUGAACAUUGGCAAAGACCAGGAAGUAAAGCUGAAGCCUGGAAAAAUCUUGCAUGUGGUGAAUAAUCUGUACCCAUACACGGUAGAGUUUGUGGAAGGAGCUAGCGAUUCUACCCAAAAAGAAACAGAAAAAAACAAAAGGAUGAAUAAAAGGCCAUCUGAAGAUACUUCAAAUGAGACCAUGGAAACUUCUAAGAAGUGUGGGAAAGUGGAAUCUGAUUUUAGUGUUUCCAGUCCUAGUACAAGUAGUAGCGCAGAGUACAAAGCUGAAGAUCAACAUCAGUUACCUGAAGCUAAAAAUCGAGGACAUUGGAGCCAAGGUUUAAAGGUUUCCAUGCAGGAUACAGCAAUGCAGGUAUUCAAGGAUAGUAAAGUUGUGGUGAUUAAAGACAAAUAUCCCAAAGCUCGUUACCAUUGGUUGAUCUUGCCAUGGGAAUCCAUUUCCAGCCUGAAAAUGCUGAGAACUGAGCACCUGGAGUUGCUGCAGCAUAUGCAUGCUAUAGGGAGCAAGUUGGUACAGGAGCACACAAACCUUGCAAGCCCCAUGUUUAGAUUGGGAUACCAUGCAAUUCCAAGCAUGAGUCAUAUUCAUUUGCAUGUCAUCAGCCAAGACUUUGAUUCCCCUUGUCUUAAAAACAAAAAGCAUUGGAACUCAUUCACCACAGAAUAUUUUUUGGACUCUCAAGAUGUGAUAGAGAUGGUAAAAAAGAAGGGUAAAGUGACUGUGAAAGACGGCAUGGCUGAGCUUCUGAAAUCUCCUCUUCAGUGUCAUGUCUGCAAGCAGCAGCAAGCAACCAUCCCUAACUUAAAAGAACACCUGAAGAAGCAUUGGCCGUGAAUGAUGGGCUUAGUUAACUAUUUAACUAUUGUUUGUCAGUUGCAUCCAUCUUGAAAUAAACAAUAUUGUACACAGUU